AGACGACCAGUGUCCACGGAGGUGGUUCUUCUGCUCCUCUUCGGAGAACGGGCGAAGGACACAUGUCCCACAAUGCAACGCUUUAGUAAGAUCAAGCUCAACCUACAAGGAAGAUUAAAUUUAUUUUUUUACAUACGUCAACAUCUCCAAGAGUCGGACGAGCUUGUCCUUGUAGGAAGGGCAAAUCUCGUCCACCCCGUCGACGAAGACUGCGAUGUCCCCCGACUCGUAAAGGGCAGCCUUGAGGAACCUCUGCGUGGACUCAGCCGAACUCGACGCCGAAGCCGCGACACCGGCCGCCGCGACACCGGCCGCCGCAGCCAGCAGUUGCACCAAGUGCUCCUGCGUCAAGUCUGCGACGCAAGAAAUAGAGAAAGGGCUUAUUGGUUCAAGUAG